AAUAAACGUAAACAAAACAUUGAAGCAAAGCAAAUCGUAUUGCUGGAGUAGAUUUUCUGCAAUUUGCUGUCUCCCGACGCAAAAGCAAUGGAUCAAGACCUUUGGAUGAGAGCCCUUCUUGAACAUGGCCAGUUACUGCUACAGACCAUUCUUAGUGACGUACCUGAAAUAGAGUCUGAACACAUCACAGAGAAAGUUAGAAUUUGUAGAUUCAUAAAAAAGAAACUACAUCUGCUUUUCAAGACAGAAGACUCUUUUGAAACCAAAGAAAAGCCAGAACCUCAAAUUCCUACUCUACCAAUAGAAAUUUUUCGUAAUAUAUCUGAGCUGCAAAGAAGAGAUUUGUUUUUUAGCAGCUUGGACCAAGGAAGCAUUCUGUUGUUGCAAGUCAUCAAUGAUACACUUCCUAGUGACUUUAAGCUUUUGGUCCUAGCAAAACACGACGGCUGCAUGAAACUAGAUGAUUUAUCCCUAGUAAUGUAUCUUCCUAAGUAUCCUGCUGAAAUGAAAUUUGCUGGUGGUGAACUUCAUUCAGGUGAUCUAGUAAGAGCUGCUGUAUGGUCUUGUGAUCCCAAAAAACGACAGCUGUUUGUCACCCUGGAUAGCUCCACUGUUGAUGAGGUUCAGCUUGGAAAAAUAUCUGAAGAAGAAUUGCCCAUUUAUACUCGGAACCUAACUGUUGGAUCUAGCUAUACUGAAUAUUUGGGUCUUACUCCAGCAUUUCAUGACAGAGAAUGGGAAAAUGAAUUAUAUACUGUUCUAAAUCUGAAAAAGAACCGGAUGUAUUCAUUUUUUGAAGAGUGGGAUGGAAAAACAUAUCCACAAAAUGAAUAUGCAUCAGAAUUGAAAAAGAAGCGAGACCUGUAUCUCUCUAAUGUACAUUAUGAAAAGGCAUGUGAUCAGUUUGAUAAAAAAAACAACAGUGAAGCUUUCCUGUACUUGAACAAAGCUUUGUGUAUUUAUCCAGAAAACGUUAAUGCUCUUGUUUCUAGAUCAAAAUUAUACAGCAUUUCAAAAAUGUUAGAGAAAGCUGUUGAAGAUGUGGAAUCUGCAUUGAAAAUUGAUUCAACGUUUUUUGCUGCCAGAGAGCAUAUGUCAACACUCUUAGUACAGAUGGCUAAAGUACACAUAGAUAAUUCAGACUAUCAUAAAGCUCAAGAGAGUUUGACACAUUCUCUCACCUACUAUAAAGAAAACAAGGAAGCUGCUGAAAUGUUACAGACUGUUUAUGUUGCAUUAUCUGCUUCCCUUCCAAGCACGCCCAGUAAUAGUUCAAUUAUAUCUCCAGGACCUAAAAGCCUGCAUUCAAUCUCUAGUUCAAGUGAAAGCUCCUGCUCGAAAAAAGCCAAUUCUAAAAGUUUAUUUGACGUAUCAUUACCAUCUACAUCAGGAAGUCUUCCGUUAAGAAUGAAGAGUCAUCAUCACAGUAGGAAGAAAAGAAAACAUCAUCAUCGCCAUCGUCAUAGACGUAGUCCAUCCAGAUCCAAAUCUCCAAAUGAAAGAAGAUAAAUGUUUUGUUUUAAAAUGUG